GCAGUCAGUCGGUCCGAGUGGCCCCGUCCCGCCCGCCCCAACAGUUAGAAGAGGGAGACGGAAGCCCUGAACAUUCGUUCGCUCCCCCUUCCUCUCCUCUGCUCUUCUCUCUUCUCUUCUCUUGAAGCCCUGGAUCGGAAGUUCACGAGCACCAGUUGCACACGCACAACGAACACGUCCACGGCACGAAGGAGCAGGAGAGGAAAGGAGGGCAGCGGAGAGGGAGAGCGCUCCGCCGGUCGGUUUGUUUUUUCCAUCAUCGGUCGGGGUCGAGAGCCAAGAUGUUGUUUUUCUCCUACUUCAAAGAGCUGGUGGGGAAGGAGGUGACGGUGGAACUCAAGAAUGACUUGGCCAUUACCGGGACACUCCAUUCCGUUGACCAGUAUCUGAACAUCAAGCUCGAGAACACGCGCGUGGUCGACGAGACCAAGUACCCCCAUAUGCUCUCUGUUAAAAAUUGUUUUAUACGGGGAUCAGUUGUUCGAUACGUGCAACUCCCACCUGACGGCGUGGAUGUGGACAUUCUACAUGAUGCUACACGGCGGGAGGCUCGUGGCACCUAAAAUUGUUCGGAGGAUCAUGGUUUGCACACAUAGAGGACAGACUCUGAACUUGUAACUUAUAGCAUUACUCCACACCGUGGGGUUGUCACAAUCACUUGGCACCACUUUUGAGUGUUUUUGAGCAUAUAUCUUUCAGAAGCUCAUAUUCAUGUGGAAGUGGACAUGUAGAAGUGUGUCUGCACUUGCCAUGGCGCUCUUAGUCAUCAGCUACAAUUUUUUAGACAGUGGUUGAUCCAUGGCAACUGGGACAACUGCGCCUUGCCAAGUGUGACCCAUACUGCGUUGUUCUGUACCACUUUUUUAGGUGCAGAACAGUACCUGUUCUACUCUCUUUGCGCACAAAUGGCACUAGUUGAACUAACUAGUAGGUGGUUUUGUCGGAAUGAUGACUUCGCUCACGUCAUGCAGCUCUUUUUACUUGUGUGACCGCCCCGCACUUCAUCAAUAGUUUUCAAAGUUACCUAUGUUCCAGUAGCAUCCGAAUAGCUGGCCUCUUUUUUAACGGUCGGUUGUAAGGCUUGCUAGUAGACAGCGUACUUACUUUGGAUCACUCAGAUCAGAUGUCACGUUUGUUGGCAAGUUGGGGUUGCGGAAUGUUAACGAGGUUCUUUAACCAAACUGUUAACCUCUUCAACCAGAUUUCUUCAUCAGUUGGAAAACAGAGGUUGUUAUCCAUCCUAUCUGGAGUGAAAGACCAGUGUCGAACUAAUUCAUGGUUGGUCUGGGCUGGCCGUGUGUGAGAGCCCUACUGAUCAUGAUAUUCCAAGUGCAUGUGUGCCACUUCUAUCUUGAUAUUGAAUUUGUUCUUUGGUGACAUUUGUUGAUCGUUCCAAUCUGUUCAUAUUGCGGAAGUUUGACAUUAUUCAGUAGUA